AUGGGGAAGCAACACUGCCUUGAUUUACUACUCAGUAAUAUACCAUCUUCCUUCAUCGCCUACAUUGACAAGUGCCCUGAGUUUCAAAGUAUUGAUAAUUGGCUGUGGAAAUGUUUGAUAAACGAAAACAGUAGAAAGUACGCUUGCUUAAUAAUUACCUCUGGACUGUGCGACUAUGAACCUUUGGAGAAUUGUCAUCAGUCACUCAAAAUUUUACAUACAAAUAAUUAUCCGAAUUCUGAAUACCUCAUAGACAGCUUAUCUAAAUUAUCUUACACUGUUGAAAAACAAGAUAAUCAACGUCUGUUCAUUUUCAUAGAGUCUUUAUCUUGGUUUCUGUUUGACUGUCCUGCUGAUUAUGAAUUUGAUCAUUGGUGUCAAUUUAUUGUGGGUUCACUAUUCAAUCUUUCAUCGAUACCUAAUGUUUACAGAAUCAUUUGUCGCUUUCAUCCUAUCAUGGAUAAUUCUAAAGGAGUAUAUUAUGGUGCAUCUUCUACGACUAUUGACAUAUUGGAAGCAUGUGCUACGUCAGUUAUUCACUCUAGUUCAUUGGAUAAGUCAAAUAUUUGUAGAAACCGGAUCUCCCAGUCGAUCAGUUUAUUUCAUCGUCGAAGUCUUCAAGGUGAAUGUAAUAAAAGCUCGAGUAAUAUGUUAGCCUUUAAUAAGUCUUCAUUUUCAGAAAACGGUAUUAUCGAACUUGAUACUCAGACUCUAAGGAUUUUAAAGUUCUCUUUGCAUAAAAAUGAACCGGAUUUUACACCAAUAAGUAAUCCACUACCUCAGAGUACUUUUGAAUUGACAAUGAGUGAAAGUGAAAAAGCCGCGCGUAGUCUUGUGGUUUUACCACAUGAAGCAGCACGUUUAGCCAGUAAAUCUGGAACAAAUGACGCUAGUUGCAAUAUUCAAUACCAACCGGAUUGUUUUGAUGACCUAGAUGAUGAAGAUCCAGACGAUGACCUAGAUAUUUGA